AUGUCAACUUCGGUAUACACGCCACCACAGGUUCCACGCAGAGGUUCAACAUCACCACGCCACCGGCGCUCAACAGUAUCUCUUCAUUCGACACCUGGUCUCGGUCUGAUCCGAACGAUCUCGAAGGACCUUGUUACUGGUUGGCAUACUACUACCGCUCUGCAAAAUGAGCCAGUCACCACUCCAUCAUCGGCUUCUGUGCCUCAAGCGUACAAGCCCAAGUAUGCAGCACGAGACGCAAUGAAAGCUUUUACUCCUGCUGCGCCACAUUCUAAAGACUCCGGCCGAGCGGCAGAGUCAUAUUUCGCUGAGCGAAACAAGCAGCCCUCGCCUCGUUCCCGCCAGGACUCUCUGACACCGAUUCUCCCCAUCAAACAAGAUGCAACGAAACCACUUGCUUGCGUAGAGGCAGCAUUGAUCCCUGACCACUCCUUUGAUACUUGGACUGCAGCUUGGGAUUCUGCUUACGAGCGACGAAUCAACAUUUAUCAUCAUUGCCCAUCUCCAACUUCUACUAGCUUCUCUUCGUCAUCUGCGCCAUCAACCCCUACCUCCUCAGCAACGUCGGAAAAAAGAAAGCGUACGAGAAGCACCAGGCCACCACUUGCUGGCCGCCUCUCAGUCACCGAUGCAGAAGUGAAACGAUUCGUGUUCGGAGACAGAGAGGACAGGAAAAGAGGAUUCGAGUCUCCAGAAGCUUUCUUGAUACCAAGAAGGGGCAGUGAGGUCCCGAGUUUGGUUCUCUCAGAAGUGUCGAGCAGGGAUAGUGAACUCGAAGAUUUGGAUGAGGGAGACGAGGACGAAGAGAUGCAAGCAGAGAUUGAGGAACUUGGAAGGGCGAAGAUGGCGGAGGAAAAGGAAUUCACGAGGCUAGCUGUUGCACCUGUUGUUGUUAAUGCAGAGGUUGUGAGAUGA